AGCUCGCGGGGGUGGAGGGAGACUGGGCUUCGCAUCCCUCCUCUGCCUUUCCCUGGUCUUCGGCAGCCUAGCCAUGGCCUGGGCGGCGGCGCGGAUCGGCGGGGCCCGCGGCGCGCUCUCGGCACGCACGUUGCUGUUCGACCUGCCGCCCACCUUGCUAGGCGAGCUUUGCGCGAUCCUGGACAGCUGCGACGGCGCGCUGGGCUGGCGCGGCCUCGCGGAGCGGCUUUCAAGCAGCUGGCUGGAUGUUCGUCACAUUGAAAAAUAUGUGGAACAAGGUAAAAGUGGAACAAGAGAAUUGCUUUGGUCCUGGGCACAGAAAAACAAGACCAUCGGUGACCUUUUACAGAUUCUUCAGGAGAUGGGUCAUCAUCGAGCUAUCCAUUUAAUCACAAACCAUGGAGCAGCCUUGAAUCCUUCAGAGCAGAGUCAUCAGGGAGAUGAAUUUCCAAACAUAUCAUCCAAGGAAACAGCAACUGUUACAGUGGAUAAUGUUCUAAUUCCUCAACGUAAUGAAAAAGGAAUGUUACACAGAUCCUCCGUCAGCUUUCAGAACAUCAUAGAAGGAACCAAAAAUUUCCACAAAGACUUCCUAAUAGGAGCAGGGGAGAUGUUUGAGGUAUACAGAGUGGAGAUUCAAAACCGAGCAUAUGCCAUUAAAUUAUUUAAGCAGGAGAAAAAAAUGCAAUGUAAGAAACAGUGGAAGAAGUUUUUAUCUGAGCUUGAGGUUUUAUUACUGUUUCAUCAUCCAAACAUACUGGAGUUGGCUGCGUAUUUUACAGAGACUGAGAAGUUCUGUCUGGUUUAUCCAUAUAUGAGAAAUGGAUCACUUUUUGACAGAUUACAGUGUGUGGGUAAAACGGCCCCACUCUCUUGGCACAUUCGAAUCAGCAUACUAAUUGGAACAUCCAAAGCUAUUCGGUACUUGCACAACAUUGAACCAUGCUCAGUCAUCUGUGGAAGUAUAUCAAGUGCAAACAUACUUUUGGAUGAUCAGUUUCAACCCAAACUAACUGAUUUCGCCAUGGCACACUUCCGACCCCACCUAGAACACCAGAGUUCUACCAUAAACAUGACCAGCAGUAACAGUAAACAUCUGUGGUACAUGCCAGAAGAGUAUAUCAGACAGAGCAAACUUUCCAUUAAAACAGACGUCUACAGCUUUGGAAUCGUGAUAAUGGAAGUUCUGACAGGUUGUAAAGUGGUGUUAGAAGAUCCAAAACAUAUCCAGCUGAGGGAUCUCCUUAUGGAACUGAUGGAGAAGAGAGGCCUUGAUUCGUGUCUUUCAUUUUUAGAUAAGAAAGUAAAUCCGUGUCCUCGGAAUUUCUCCGCCAAGCUAUUCUCCUUGGCAGGCCAGUGUACUGCAACGAAGGCCAAGUUAAGGCCACUGAUGGAUGAAGUCCUACAUACUCUUGAAAGUACUCAAGCCAGCUUAUAUUUUGCGGAAGACCCUCCUACAUCACUAAAGUCCUUCCGGUGUCCUUCGCCCCUUUUCUUGGAUAACGUACCAAGUAUUCCAGUGGAAGAUGAUGAAAACCAGAAUAUUCGUUCGCUGCCUCAUGAUAAAGACUUGAAAGAAGAUAGAAAGACUCAGAAAGUUCCUUUUGAAUGCAGCCAGUCUGAGGUUACAUUUCUAGGCUUUGACAGAAAGGCAGGGAGUAAGAUAAAUGAGGAUGCUUGCAACAUGCCUAGUUCUUCUUGUAAAGAAAGUUGGUCCCCAAAGCAUGAAGCGCCGUCCCAGGACUUAGGGGCCUAUGAUAUGAAUAUGGAUACUUCUUCAGAGGCUGCCAGCGAUACUCAUGGGAACAGGCUAGUGGAGUAGAGCUAUUCCUUUGAAUUUUCCUGGAAUGAAUGUAAACAGUAGAAAAAGAACUCAAUUUCACUAGAAGAUAAAGGAAAAAGCAAUGCUGAGUCACCUGUCUAUAGGUAUCGUCUUGGGCAGGCAUUGCCUCCAUAGGUAAUGCCAAGACGAUGAUUUGAUGGUGAGUUUGGGUGGUGCAGACAAGCAGUCUAGACAAUGCCACUCUUUCCUUCCCAGCCCCCAAAACAGAGUGACUUAAAAAAUAGUUUCACCAGGAUAAUUGCCUCAUGAUCAAACCCAAGCUAAAUUAUGGAGGAAACAAUAAGAGCCAUUUAAAAUCACUUGAGAUCGUGAGCUCUGACUUCAGACACACAAAACACUCAAAACCUACCAAAAAGGGACUGAAUUCUAAUGUCUUCUUCUAGCCAGUCAUCAAUGUCAGUUUCUUUUCUGCUAAUAGGUUCUGUUGGAUUUGAUUAUUUGGUUUUUCUUGCUUGCAAAGGUUGUAGGGAAUGUCUUAAUUUAUGAAUAUUAAUAGAUGCCUUUUAAAAGAAUUACCAUUUUGCUUAUUUUGACUGGUCCUUAGUAUUUUUCUGGUCAUCUGUGUCAUAGGCAGGCUUACCCUUGGCUAUGGCAUGUUCUGCCAGAAAGGGAAUUCCUGCCCAAGAUCUGUAUUUUUAUAUUUAAACUCUCAGGACAGUUCAUCACAUGUAAUACAAAUGUCAACUAUUACUAUAAAUUUUUACAAACUUAGAGACUUAUUAUAGCCUGAAUGUAUAGAUUUGUUUUUUUUAAUUGAGUAAUUUUUUGCCCCUGAAAAAAUGGCUGGUCACAAGGUUGGCUUUCAGUUUAGUUCUCCACCUUCUAGCACUGUGCCUUUUUACCCUGUGGUUUCCUGGAGGGUUUCCCUUUGGAAAUUCUACUCAACCCUUCAGAUAUGCUGCAUACCCAGAAAGCUGCCCUGAUCUCUCCAGCCAGAAGUACUAACUUUAUAAGUAUUUCUAUACAAUUUUUUUUUUUAUUCCUGUUUUACAUUUGUCACUUUCUGAAUUGUAUCAAAGUUAACUGUGUCAUCUUCUCUCUCUUAACAGAGUGUAAACUUCCUGUAUUGGUUUCCUGUUACUGCUGUAACAAAUUACCACAAGCUUAGUGGCUUAAAAUAUCAUAAAUUCAUUAUUUUACAUUCUGGAAGUCCUUGGCAUUCCUUCUGGAGGCUCUAGUGAGAAUCUGUUUCCUUGCCUUUUCUAACUUCUAGAGACAACCUUAAUUCCUUGGCUCAUGACAUCUUCCUUUGUCUUCAGACUCAGCAGCAUAGCAUCUUCAAAUCAAUCAGUCUCUCUCUGUCUGUCUUUCUCUCUCUGACCUCUUAUAUCUCUUUCACUCUUACCCUCUGCCUCCCUCCUAUAAGGAUCCCUAUGGUUGCAUUGGUGGCACAGUGGUUAAGAGCUAUGGCUGCUAACCAAAAGGUCAGCAGUUGGAAUCCACCAGGCGUUCCUUGGAAACCGUAUGGGGCAGUUAGUUCUACUCUGUCCUAUAGGGUUGCUAGGAGUUGGAAUCGACUUGACAGCAAUGGCUUUGGUUUUGUGUUUUAUGGUUGCUUUGGGCCUACAUAGAUAAUCCGGGAUAAUCCCCCAUCUCAAAAAUACUUAACCAAAUCUGCAAAUUCUCGUUUCUCAUAUGAGGUAACAUAUUCGCAGGUACCAGGGAUUAGGAAGUGGACUUCUUUGGAGGGUCAUUAUUCUGCCUUCCACACUCCCUGAGUGUGUAAGGAGCAUCUCUUCAGGGCCUAGCAUAGUAUCCUACACAGAGCAGGUGCUUCCAUAUAAGUUAAAUUGAAUUAAAUUAUCUCCACAAACCCACAUAGUAAAAAAUGCAGCUAUAAUAAAUAUUGCUGAGUAACUUAACAAAGUGGGGAUAGUGACUAUCUUUGUGAUAAUGAAUGGAGAAAGUCCAAAAAGAGAGAAAAAAAAAAAAACAUUUCCAGAAGAUUUAUGGAAUCUUCCUCUACAGGAAGUUUGUAGUAAGAGGGUAGGCCUCUAGAUUUCUGUGCAUCAGAGGAAUAGACUCACACCUUUUCUUUUUGGUGAGUCAGUAACUGACAAUCAUAGAUUGGAGUCCAGGUUCAAGAAUAACCAAUCAAAUAAGAAAACCAGGAGUCAGGGUCAAGUUAACAGAGACAAGGUCAGAAACAUGGAGCUAGAAUUCUGGGAAAAAAAGAUCCCAGGGCAGGAAGUAAGGUUAAAAGCACAAUAAGACUUAGUCUGAUUAACAGGUCUAGUAAAAUCCCCAGGUAAACAGCUGGGAGAAGCCACACUCACACUUAUCUGCAGAGUGCCUGGCUGCCCAGUGCUGUCUUCCCACAGAUCAUGGCAUACAUGUUCCCCAAUGCUCCCAAACUGCCCAUAUGUUAAAAUUAAUAGGGGGAAAAUGUUGGACAAGACUUCAUAUGAUUUUAACUUUUGUGACCUUAGUUUGGCAACUCUUGAUUAUACAUGUUAAUGAAAGGAAGCAGUAAAAGUCUUUGGCCUUUGGCUUUAUAUUUUGCAAACCAUUUUGAGGCUGGUUUUGCUGAUCUUAGAGAUACAGUCUGAAAGAGUAUCCUGGCUGACUUGGGGAAAUUAGUCUAGAAUCUUGUGAAAACCAAAAAACUAAAAUCGUUGCCAUCUAGUCAAUUCCGACUCAUAGUGACCCUAUAGGACAGAGUCGAACUGCCCGUACGAUUUCCAAGGAGCAGCUGGUGGAUUCUAGAACAGCCGACCUUUUGGUUUGCAGCCGACCUCUUUACUACUUCACCACCAGGGCUCCAGAAUCCUGUGAAGUUGCCGCUAAUAUCUUACAAAAGAGAUCAGCAAGAAUUGAUUCAAUGUUAAACUCUUUUUCACUUUGAAUCUGGACCCAACCAGUACCUUCAAUGAAGGGUCAUUAAGGAAGCUCUUACUUUUCUUUGACUUUGUUGGAAAGAAAUUUGCCUUUUUAAUAGGUUCCCAGGUGAAGCUGAUACUGCUGAUGUGGGGCUUUCACUUUGAGAACCACUUCCUUAGAGUGUUCUCAGAUUGGUACAGAUCAGGGCACUCUACCUUUCCAUCUAGGUUGUGUGUUUUUGAGAAAAGAAUCAUUUCUUUUAAUUAUUUUAUAUUCAUCCUAUUAUCUAGGAUGUUGCUUAACAUAGAGUAGGAGCUUGUUAUGGAUUGAAUUUUGAAUUAUGUCCUCCCAAAAUAUGUGUUGUAAAUCCUAACCUCUAUGCCUGUGGUUAUCCCAUUUGGGAAUGUGUUAUCUUUGUUAUGUUAACGAGGCAAGAUUAGUAUAGGGAGUAUUUGAGUCAUUCUCUUCUGAGAUAUAAAAAGACAUUAAACAAACAAGCAAGCAGAAGAAGAAGAGAUGAGGGAAGAGAGAUGCUAAGCCACAUGAAGACUGCCCAGGAGCAGAAGCUCAAAAGAGACAAGGACUUUCCUCCAGAGCCGACAGAGAAAACCUUUCCCAGGAGUCCGCACCCUGGCUUCAGACUUCUAGCCUCCUAAACUGUGAGAAAAUUAAAUUCUGCUCGUUAAAGCCAUCUGCUGUGGUAUUUCUGUUACAGCAGCACUAGAUAACUAAGACAAGGCUCUGGAAAUAUUGUUGACCGAUGAUCUUAUCGACCAGAUCACCUUGCUAGGAUCUAUUUGGACAACUUAAAGACCAAGUCAUACUAGCUGGCAGUGACCUGAUUAAUGAUAUGGUGAGCAGAUGCCACUAUGCCUGGAAAUACCAGAAUCUUCUGCUGAGUGAUCUAAUCCUCCUGACCAGACUUGCCUUCUAGUGGGUGCUUUAAUAAAUGUUAAUUGAUAGGAAUUAAGUCUUAUAUACUACUAUAGGUAAUAGAAGGAUAUCUCCAUGGUUUUAUGAUGUGAAGACUAAAACACAAGAAAAAACUAAGAAUAAGCCUCUGAGUAUUCCCUCUGAUCAGUAAAUACGAAUUAGUAAAGAAUUUCACUCAUCUUCAUCCUUAUAACAUACCAUGGGCAAUCCUCCUGGCAGAUCCUAAUUAUUAUGCUGUUAGGGUUUUUGUCCCAUUUUAUAAUGCCCCAAAACAUGGAGAAAAUAUUGGUUUUUAAAAUAAGUAUGGGAUUUCUGACAUAAUCAAUUUUAUUGACUUCUUGAGAGCCGUUGUAAUGAUAUGUGACUCGCUGCAUAAUAGUGGAGUUUUAUGAGGUGGUACAUCAGCCUGUAUAAAACAACUUCAUGACCUGAUGUGAGAUUAUAUAGGAAGUGAGGCUUAUUAAGAAUAGCAUUUACUAAGCAUCUACUAUAAUUACAAAGGAGCCCUGGUUGCACAACGGUUAAAUUCUCAGCUGCUGACCAAAACGUUGGUGGUUUGAACCUACCCAGAGGCUUUGCAGACGAAAGACCUGGAAGUCUGCUCCCAUAAAUAUUACAGCCUAGAAAACCCUAUGGGGUAGUUCUACUCUGUCACAUAAGGUCACUGUGAGUCAAAAUCAACUCAGUGUCACCUUACAAAAACAAUACUAGAAUCAAGCCACUUGUGUUAGGUACCAGGGUAACAAACCAAAAAAACCCAUUGCCAUUGAGUUGAUUCUGACUCAUUGCAACCCUAUAGGACAAGGUAGAACUGCCUCAUAGAGUUUCCAAGGAGUGGCUGGUAGAUUUGAACUGCUGACUUUUUGGUUAACAGCUGAGCUCUUAACCACUACUCCACCAGGGCUCCAUACAAAGGUAACAAGAAAGGGGCAAACCAUUUAGUAAGGGAAAAAAGGCAUAUGCCUAAGUUAACAGUUUGGUGUCAUCUGUCAUUUGAACCACAACUCAAUGGAACUGAAAGUGCUGAAAGAGCAAGGAGGAGGCGGAGAUUACUGUGCACUUUAGAGAGGGUAAGGAAGUCUUCUUAGAGAUGGCUUCUUGGAAAGAGAAAUAGAAAGGAGCCCUGAAGAAGCACUCCAGGAUAGUUAUCCAGGCAACUGAGGGCCCACAGCUCUCCCAGAGCCCUGCACAACCCAGUGUCUGGGGUGAAGGAGAAGGUAACUAUGUCAGGAACUUUGUGUAUUUUUUUUCCCGUUUAAAGCUCAAAACUACCCUGAAGAUAUGAGUCCCAUUUUAUAGGUGAGGAAACUGACUCAAGGAGGUUAAGUAACUUGUCUAAGGUCCUCCCAGGAUCUGGAGGAGUCAGGAUUUGAACACACAUCUGUUGACUUCAAAGCCCUUGCUCUUUCUUGUACUCUACGUUGCACAAAAAAGCCCCUGUAUGUGCAAACUCCUAUGAAAAGGGAUGUGAAAAGUCAUUUGCUAAUUCCACAUACAUUCAUUAGACACACGGGUCUCCCCAUGUCUUCUGCAUUUUUCACCAUCCCACUACUCUGCUACUAGCACCCACGUCUGCAGUCAUUUGAUGUGAAUUAAAUGAAUUUAUUCAUUCACUGAAUAAAUACUUAUCAAUGGCCUCCCUUGUGUCAGGCACUGUUCUAGGACUGGGGAUACAGUGAAGAUCAACAAAAAUUCCUGCCCUCAUGCUCCUUACAUUUGAGUGAAUAAAUGAAUGAGUGAAUAGGAAGAACCCUGGGAGAGAUUUAAUCCCAAUUCUAACACGAACUGGCUCCUGUCCCUGGGCCCUGCUGCAGUGUGCUCUCGGAGUGUUCUCUGGAUGUGGGGUCCAGCUUUUCUCGGCCCGUUCUUUGGAAUGGGUCCAGAGACGUUUUCUCCUCAUCCUGUUGUGAUGACGCCGUGGUGGCCUGUGGCGUUGCUAUUCACCUGAACUAACUAGUCUAUGGCGUGCUGUGUGCUCAUCGUGAUGGAAACUUCAGCAAGUUUCUAAGGAAUCUGAAGCACCUACAUGCAGCUCACCUCACUAUCACACUGCACUGGAAUUUGCCUGUUGACUUGUCUCUUCUCCACAAAGCUGAACGUUUCUUAAGGGCAGAGGCUAUGUCCUGCUCAUGUUUACAUCCCCAGUACCUGGCACAUCAUAUGGCCCAAUACGUACUUGUCGAGUGAGUGAAUCAAAUUGUCUUCAAAAUUAUUGAUAGAUAGUACAUCAAGACUAUCGUCUAGAUUGCACCCAAAGGUUGUCUUUCUAAUAUUCAGAUACUCAUCAAUCAUUUGCUUAAAUGGUUCUGUGUCACCAUUCUUGGACAGAAAUAAUUAAUUUUAAACAUUAAUAUAUGAGAUAGCUUUGAAAAGAAUUAGACAUAGUAUAAAUUGCUUAUAAAUUUGCUUCAGGUGGAAAAUAUUCCUAAAGCAGUGGAAAGGAGGAGUGUGCUGUCACAGUAUGGGGAGAGCAAUUAGAGUCACAUAACAAUAUAUGUAUAAAUUUUUGUAUGGGAAAAAAUUUUUAAAAAUUUAAGAAAAAAAUCCCUAAACCAUAUGUAAGCAAUGAUAAACCAACAUUUAGCAGGGAAUAAACUAAAAUGUCUGUUGUGUUUUGUUUCAGUCUUUUUGUCCUAAAUUAUUUAUGUGUAUUUGCUGGUUCAUGGACCUGACUUGCAAGUAUUUUACUGGGAGGUAUUUUUAGUCCAAAGAUCUGUACUGUCUACCAAACCUUCACUUACAGGCCUUCUUAUUGAGGUCAUCCACCUCAUCGCAAACUUUUGUGGUCCUCUCUAUAAAUAGCAAGAGAAUAUUUCCAGAGUCUUUCAUUGGCUCAUUAAUUUUAAAAUUUACUUACAGAUCAACAUGAAUUUGAAUCGGGUCGGGGAGGGGCAAGGAGGUAGGAAGAGCUCCCCUGUAGGAGAUUUCAGACUCAGUUAACUUUUAUGUGUCUAGUUCUGUGCUAGGUGCUUUCAUAUAUCACUUAAGCCUUAAACAACCUCUUGAGAUGGGUUUUAUGUGUGAGGCUUAAAGAAGUUGACUGUUGUCCUUCGCCACACAACUGAUAGAAUGGGAAUACAAACUGAAACUCUUCAUUCAAGUCCAGGAAAUAUUUGCCCUGAAAAGAGGUAACUUAAAAAUUAGAAGUAUCACCAAUUUGGAGAUAAAGACAGCUAAUCCAUGUGAAUGUUUAUCAUUUUAUUAUUAUUAUUAAUUUUGUCUGCCGAGGUUGGUAAAAAUUUAAACAGUUGACAAGAAUAUGGGCAAAUGAACUAGCUUUUGUGUUCGCUGUUGGCAGGAGUGAAAAUUGAUACAAUCUUUCUAGAAGGCAAUUUAUAUAAAAAAAUGUAAGGAGGAUACCCUUAACUAGCAAUUUAUUUAGGAAUUUAUCCCAAUGAAUAAAAAUUGCACAAAUUUGUCAACCUGAGCCCAAAGAUGCACUUCAUGAUGUUUAUUAUGUUAAAAAUUGGAAACAACCUAAAUAUUCAUUAAUAGAAGAUGGAAUAAAUGAGUUAUAGCACUUACAUACAAUUGAAUAGUAUGCAUCUGUCAUUAAAAAUUUUGUAGAUCUAUGUUUAUUGCUAUGGAAAUUUGUCCCUGAAAUAUUGCAGAUUACAGAAUAGCAUGUUUAAUAUAAGGCCAUUUAUAACAUUGGGUAUUUUAAAAUAAUAUAUGUUUGAUAGAUCUUCACCAAAAUGCUAAUGAUGUUUUUCUUCUGGUCUGUGGUAUUUGGGUGGUCUUUACUUUCUUUGUACUUUUAUGUAUGUGAAAGUUUUAUAAUAAGCAUAUAUCAUUUUUUAUUAUCAAAAAAGAAUAAAGCUAUUUUUAUUUUGAAAAAAAUGUCAUUCUCUACAUUUCUAUGUUUGCUUCGUUCUUUGCUGUCUACCUUAGAUGUGUCCUUGGUAAUGAUCUGCAACUAGUAAUAAUGCUUCUAUUCCAUUGCUCUUUAUUCCUUUUCAUAAAACUAAGUGACUGAAGCUACCAAAUGGAUUUGUCUGAUAUCCCUUGAGUAACAAGCUUUGAGAGGACAUACAAAAAAGCAAUCCAAGAGGCAAAAACCAGACAAGCUGAAAUACAGACAAGAAUGGCUCACAGUGCACACUGACAGUAUUUUGUAAUUAAGUAUUAGUUGAUUUUGGUAAAGUAGUAAAAACAAUUACCCUUAAUAUUUAUACUUAAAAAUCAGCACUUAAAGGAGUAACCCACAGUUAAAUUAGAAGAUCUUUGCGGGAGAUCAGUUUUUAGACCAUAAAGUAUCCAUUCACCAGAUUUGUGCCAGGAUCACUAGGAGUCAGAAUCAACUGCACGAGAAUGGAUUUUAUCAGUUUUUAGCCUACAUAAAAUUUUUGACUUGCUGAAUUUAGUAGACUCUGAACUGUAGUUAUCAGUUGGAAAAAAAAAACUUGCAACA